AUGAGUUAUGCCGGAAGAGCUAGCACCCAGCAUACACAUCAGUCUUUUGGCUCUCAAGAUAUCACUUUGGCUUCGCCACCAAGGACACCCGUAUCCAGAGGCGGAUCGAUAGCAAUGUCGUCUGCAACUUGGGUCCGGCCUGCAACUUCAAAGACAAAACUCAUCCGAGACUCAGAUCGCUCGUCAUUUGACUCAGUACCCUUUCCAGUAGGAGAAGCAAUGGCAAACAAGACCGCCUUUGACAAUUGGGACACGUCAUCUGUACACCAAGAAAUGCGGGCCGCCAUCCAUUCCUCCCCGCCAGUUGCUCGUCGUGGCCUGGAGCCGAUCCCCGGUAGUCGACCGGAUUCUCCUGCAGACGCUUUGGACGGCCCUUUUCUUCCUCAGUCUCCUGUUUCGAGUUCGCAUCCUCAUGCGGCGACGUCGGAUACAGCCACGGUGGUUGCUUGGAGCUCUUCACCCCGACAGCCAACAUCUUCCCCCCCUUCGAGUCCGCCCAAUUUUUCCCGUCCAACAUCUUCAGGACACAACAAAGCCCCGCCACCCCCAUUUCAUCAGUACCAGACCUCCAUGCCCGAAUUAAUACAUCCUCUUUUCCGCCCUAAUAGCCCUCAUCCACCGCCUGUUGCGAGAGCGGGAACGGUGGUGACUGCAUCACCCUUGGCGGAUCAGCUCAUGACUCCUAAGACUCUGGCUCGACUGCGAAGCAAAACAGAUCUCUCCAACGGUCACUGGAAAGCAACACCUAGCAUCGACAAAUCAGACACCCAAAGUGUCAAUACUUCACCCCCGGGCAGUCCGACAUUGGGUAGCCCUGGCCCAUCGAUUGUGGAUGAGGCUGACCUGCCUCCCAUUCUACCUGGGUUUGUUCUUUCAGCAGGGGCGCGGAGCAGUCUGGUAGGAUACGGAAAGCGGAAAGGCAUGAAGCAGGAGCGCCGUAAUUCACAAACAUCUGAUGACAGUCGUUCAAGCCAACCUCUGUGA